AUGCUUGUUAAUGCGCUCGAGGCGGAACAUCGUACGCUGUUUAUCAAACUCGACGCUAGUGUUAUCAUGCCGGUGGAUCUUCUGAGACCUUCAGCUGACAAGGCCACCGGAAACAGAAAAAAUGAACCCCUUGAUCGUCAGCACUGCGUAGUCGUCCAGGGUCUAUCGGAGUCGGAUGCUUCUACCCCGAAGGAGAGGAUCUCCGCUGACCUUAAUAUGCUUCAACACCUACUGAACGAAAUGCUUAAUUCAAAUGAAAAGAUAACCAUUCGCGCAGCCUUCAGGAUCGGAAAGAAGGUGAGCGAACAAUCGGAAACUGUGCGGCCACGACCUCUGAAAAUUGUUUUGAACAGUAAAGAGGAAGCUAGCUUACUUCUGUCCAGGAAAAGCAGCCUCCGAAACUCGCACAAGGAAGUUUUUUUCAGCCGGACUAUUCUCCAGCAGAACGUCUGA